CAACAUGCCGUUUCGCAAGAUUAGCUGUGAUGUCAAACUUGCAGCGAUCCGACUACACGAACGUGAACUUUUGAGCCUUGCGGACAUCUUGGAUUGCUGCAGAUUUUCGGAACGGACUUGGUUCCACAUUUUGAAACUCUGGCAGGAAACUGGCGAUGUUGUUGACCCUCAGCCUCACAGAGUACUCCGUGGUCGUCUGCGUGUGUUGGAUCGCGAGGAUAUUGAUUGCUUGCUGCAUCUUGUCAGACAGAAUCCCGACUACUUCUUGGACGAGUUCAUGCACCUCCUGCAAACCAAUCAAUUCAUAUCUGUU